AGAUAAACGGUUACUCGGUCGCCAUUCACGGUUGACGUCACGAGCUAGUCAUUUGACCUCGUUUGAACACAAACGCGGGUUUUCGCUUUUCUGUAAAGUUUCGACAAACAAACACUUAGUUUAACAAUGACAUAAUCAACGUCAAAGAUUAAAUCUAUUACGUCCGUGUGGCUUUUGCUUUGCCGAAGAAGAAGACGAGCAGUGAGACACCCCCCACUUCCGGCGUUAAGGCGGAAGUAGCUAUGAGCUCAGGCCUCAUACUUUCAAUGGCGACCGAAAACUGGCCGAACAGAAAGCGGGAGCAAUCGUGGAGGGGUACGAAGCGUACAAUCGACAUUUAUUAAAUAAUUAUUUAAUUUACAAACUACACAUAAAGUUUGUGCUCUGAUAACACUUACGUUGAGGUAUGGCCGAUAGUGCAGCCAGAAACGGCAGUCUUUCGCCUUUGGAAUCGGAGUUGUAUUACUUGAUAUCGCGCUUUUUGAGCACGGGGCCAUGUCGGAAAGCGGCCGAGGCUCUUGUGUGUGAGCUGGAGGAGAAUCAGCUCCUUCCACGCCGACUGGAUUGGAAAGGAAAUGAGCACCCACGAUCUUAUGAAGAUUUGGUUGCUGCCAACAGACACAUUGCACCAGACCACCUGCUGCAGAUAUGCAAGCAGAUCGGCCCGAUUCUGGACCGAGAGGUUCCGUCUGGUGUGCCAGGAGUGCAUUCGCUACUCGGAGCUGGGAAACACUCUUUACUGCGAACAUCAAAAGAAUGUGGCAAUAGUAGAUGGAAAGCUUCCACAUUCGCAGCCCUUCACAGAGGACGACCACCAGAGUGGCCUUUAAGAUGCAGGGAUGCUCCAAAUAUAGUGGAGGUGUGCCGAGGCAGAGAGCUGACGGGAGCUCAGCGCUUCGGCUCUAUAAACCCUGUUAGCAAUUAUCAACACAUGAGGAUGCACAGGAGGAUUCUGGGACAUCUGUCUGCCGUGUACUGUAUCGCCUUUGAUCGAACAGGUUCCAGGAUUUUUACGGGUUCUGAUGAUGCUUUGGUAAAGAUAUGGUCUUCUUUUGAUGGGAGGCUUCACUCCACUCUCAGAGGACAUCACGCAGAGAUAUCUGACCUCGCCGUUAACUUUGAGAAUACCCUUAUUGCGGCCGGAAGCUGCGACAAAACCAUUCGAGUCUGGUGCCUUCGAACCUGUGCCCCAGUGGCAGUCCUCCAGGGCCACAGUGGAUCUAUUACCUCUUUACAGUUCUCUCCAUUUGUCAAGGGCUCCAAAAGGUACAUGGUGUCCACAGGAACGGAUGCAACAGUGUGUUUCUGGCAGUGGGAUGUUAUUAAUAACGUUUUUAGUGAUCGGCCACACAAAUUCACAGAGAGGCCAAGACCUGGUGUUCAAAUGAUCUGUUCAUCCUUCAGCCCUGGUGGCAUGUUCCUUGCAACAGGAAGUACUGAUGAUGUCAUCAGGAUAUACUACCUGGGCAGUGGUAGUCCGGAAAAACUAGCUGAACUUGACUCUCACACUGACAAGGUGGACAGCAUCCAGUUCUGUCAUUCAGGAGAGAGAUUUGUGAGUGGCAGUCGGGAUGGGACGGCACGUAUAUGGCGGCUGCAUCAAAGACAUCAAUGGAAGAGUCUUUUAUUGCACAUGUCUGCCACUCUUCCAGGGUCCGCACCUUUAACAGAGGAUGAAAGUUUUUUCAAACCCAAAGUCACCAUGGUCUCCUGGGACCGACAUGACAACACAGUCAUAACUGCUGUUAACAAUCAUCUUCUCAAAGUCUGGAAUUCCUACAGCGGACAGUUGCUUCAUAUUUUAAAGGGCCAUGAGGCAGAGGUUUUUGUUUUGGAGCCACACCCCUAUGAUCCUCGGGUCAUGCUCUCUGCCGGCCAUGAUGGAAACGUCUUCAUAUGGGACCUAAUCAGAGGCACCAAAACUCUACAUUACUUCAAUAUGAUUGAAGGUCAAGGACACGGUGCUGUGUUUGACUGUAAGUUUACACCUGAUGGCCAUCGAUUUGCUUGCACAGACUCUCAUGGACAUCUGGUUAUAUUUGGCUUUGGGAGCUCCAAGCCUUAUGAAAAGCUUCCAGACCAGGUGUUCUUCCACACGGAUUACCGGCCGCUCAUCCGGGAUUCGAACGGGUUUGUUCUGGAUGAACAGACCCAGCAAGCCCCACACCUGAUGCCUCCUCCCUUCCUAGUGGAUGUAGAUGGAAACCCUCAUCCUCCCAAGUUUCAAAGACUGGUCCCUGGAAGAGAGAAUAUCGCAGAUGAACAUCUAGUUCCUCAACUAGGCUAUGUCGCUACAAGUGACGGUGAGGUUGUGGAGCAGGUCAUCAGUCAGCAGCCCACAGAGAGCGAGGAACCUCGCCACAACGUUCUGGAUGAUGUCAUUCGCCAACUUCAGGAGCAUCAGGACCGGCAGGUCGCAGGUCGGGUGCAGGGUGUCCCUGCCCGUCUUCCAGAGCCUGGAACUCCUCGCAGAGUGUCAUUGAACGAUCGGAUGGAGGUGCAGUCUCCGCCUAAUGUGGGUUUGCGUCGCAGUGGACAGGUGGAGGGCGUACGGCAGAUGCACCAAAAUGCUCCACGCAGCCAGAUGGCCACAGAAAGGGACCUUCAGGCCUGGAGACGUAGGGUCGUCGUGCCUGAGCUCACGGCAAGCAGCUACAGGUCCCAGGAGUCGUUCAGAUCAGUCAAGGGUGAGGAGGAGGUGGCCUUUUACAACACAAAGAAACGGAGAGUGACCCAUGCCAGCUUCAGGGAUGAUUCGGAUGAUGAAGGGCCAUGUGACAAGCGUGUACAGUCACGCAAACGUCAUAAGAACUUGGAGCGUAAAGAGAGACUGGCUGAAGAGUUCAUAGAGAUGUCCUGUGAGGAGGGGGAGGAGACAUCCUCUUCUGAGGACAGUGAAAUCGAGGGCAGUGAUGUUGAUUCAUCCAUUGAGGAUGAGGAGGAAUGGAGAAGUGAUAGCUCGAGUCACUCCUCCAGUGAUUGUUCGGACUGGACGGCAGAUGCUGGAAUCAGCAUGCGACCGCCUUCAUCCUCAUCGUCCCGAAGGCGCACUUGCCGCAGGAUCAGCAGCUCUGAGGAAGAGGAUGAGGACGAGGAGGAUGAAGAUGCAGCAGAAGAAGAGCAAACUCUGGGUGAAGAGGAACAGACAUCUUCACCUCGAAAGCACAAGAAGGCCAAGAACAAAACGCCAAAGCGCCCAAAACCAAGGCCGCCCAUUAACAGAGAGAUCUCAAAUGAGUUCCGCCCCUCAGCCUGGAUCACUGAUGUCAUUCCCAGGAAGUCCCCCUUUGUGCCUCAAAUGGGAGAUGAGGUCAUCUAUUUUCGGCAGGGUCAUGAGGCGUAUGUGGAUGCGGUCUGUAGGAGUAACCUGUACCCUAUCAAUCUAGAGAAACAGCCAUGGAAGAAAUUUGAGUUAAGGGAUCAGGAGUUUGUGAAAAUAACAGGGAUCAAGUAUGAAGUGUGCCCACCAACGCUGUGCUGUUUGAAACUGACCCAAAUUGAUCCUGGAACAGGCCAAGUUACAGACAGAUCCUUCUCAAUUAAAUAUCAUGAUAUGCCAGAUGUAAUUGAUUUCCUGGUGCUGCAUCAGAGUUAUGAUGAGGCGCGAAACAGAGCGUGGAGACCGAAUGAUCGAUUUCGCUCUGUGAUUGAUGAUGCCUGGUGGUUUGGGACCAUAGUUUGUCAGGAACCGUAUCAGCUGCAGUAUCCUGACAGCCAUUUUCAGUGCUUUAAAGUCAAGUGGGACAAUGGUGAGACUGAGAAGCUGAGUCCUUGGGAUGUGGAAGCUAUUCCUGAAGAUGCUGAGCGGCCAGAGUCGGUCGGGGCAGGUGUGCCAGUGACAGAUGAAGAGAUGAUUGAUAUCCUAUAUACGCCACAGGAGGGUGAAUGGGGCGACAGGGGACGAGAGGAAGAGAGUGCACGCAUUAUCAUGGCCAUAGAGCAGCUCACAUCUGUGGAAAUCACUGCACCUUUCUCUGGUCCAGUCGACCUUCUUCAAUAUCCCACAUACUGUGCAGUCAUCGCAUAUCCCACAGACUUGACCACCAUUAAACUACGGUUAAAGCACAACUUCUACAGGCGACUGUCUGCACUGAUUUGGGAUAUUAAACACAUUGAACAAAAUGCCAAGACAUUCAACGAGCCCCGCAGUAAAAUUGCCCACUCUGCAAAGAUCAUCACCAAUGUUCUCUUAAAGUUUAUAAGUAAACCUCACUGUACGGAUGUUAUGGAAAUCUACAAUGCUGUCGAAAACAUGGAGUACUCAGAUGAUGAGGACUUGGAUGACAUUGACGCACCUGGAACCUCGGCUGGACAUAGACUCCGUCAGCCCUCACUGGAUGCUGUGCAAGACAGGGAUGCGUGGAAAGACCAAUGCAAGCAUCUGUUGGACUACAUGUUUCAGUGUGAAGACUCCGAACCUUUCCGGGAUCCUGUAGAUCAGAGUGAAUAUCCUGACUACUUGGAUAUUAUUGAUACACCCAUGGACCUUAGAACUGUCCGACAAACUCUUGAGGAAGACCGCUACGAAAAUCUCACAGACCUUUGCAAGGACACCAGGCUCAUAUUUGCCAAUGCUAAAGCCUACACGCCAAAUAAACGGUCAAAGAUUUAUAGUAUGACAUUGCGACUCUCAGCGUUUUUUGAGGAGAGCAUACGAAAAAUCAUUUCCGACUACAAGACCGCUGUCAAAAGUAGCUUGAAGCUAAGACGGAGUCAGAGGUUCAGGAAGAAAAUGCAGCAUCAGGAUUCAGCUGCCUCUAGCCAAGAAUCCUCAUGUCAAAAGAGGGCUACUGUUAAAACUCAGGAAACCAUGGAACCGUCUACAACCAAAUCUACCUCAGCUAAAGUGUCAGAGCGCCGUAGAGUCGGCGAAUCGAAGAACGGUUUUAGACGGCGACACAUGUCUAUGUCUGGGUCUGAUCAGGACAGCAAACAAUCUUCAAGUGAGUCUGAGGAUGAUGAAGGGGCUUCAUCGUCUCAUCUCUUUAGGCGAGAGACAAGAGCCACGAGGAGGGCUGCACAGAAUAAAUCAACAAAGCAGAGACAUGAGAGCCACGCCAUGGUGAACGGGCACAGCAGGAGCCAGGAGUGUCAGAGGGCACGGCCCUGCAGUGACCAGGAGCCGUCGCAGGACUCUGAUGCCUCUGAGAACGAGUCGUCAUCUUCUGUCAGUUGUCGGCGCAGGACCCGCAAAACUGCCAUGGCAGCCGUCAGUAAGAUAAAACUCAUGGAGACCCUGGAGGAAGACGAUGGCUCGGAUGAGGAGGGCCGUAGAUGCAGCGUCCGACACGUGACCCGCGCUAGCAAACGCUUGGCUGUAAUUCAGAGCAGUGGUGAUUCAGAGGAAGACGACGCUUCUCAGGAAUCAAAUAAAAGCGAUGUUUCUGCCAGCGAUGAAGAGAAAAGUGAUGCUUGCGCUGACAGCGAUUUCUCCUUUGACAACAAAGGAAGUCGAAAAGCUGCCCGUAGAUCAUGUAGACAGACAGCAGAGAGAAAGGAAACUUCUUCCAUUAAUGGACAUGGCACCAAACGCCAAUACGUUGAAAGUGAGGACAACUCGGAUAAUGAGCAGAAUGUGAGCGAAAGUUUAGCCGAGGAGUCUGACGAAGGUCUCGUUAUCAAACGGAAGUCCACAAGGAUGACGGCGAAAGCUGCCGUCAGUAAAAUUAAAAACAUGAAUCACAGCGAUGCAGAGGAACAGGACGAUCAUCAAAUACACCAAUCAAGAAAGCAGGAUGUCAGAAGUUCUGAUGAGGAAGAAAUGCCCAGAACUCAAAAGCAUUCUCAUCAAAAUGGAAGGAAGGUGGAAAUGAAGAGUUUAAAGAGGGGUAAAUUACCAUCAAAAAGCCAAGAACAAACUUCUGUCCUGAAACUUCAAGACAUCCACAAGAAAACCUCAGCCAUGGAUGCAUUAACUUCAACAACCCAGGACUCGGAGGACCUUAGUGACGUUCCAGAAAAAUGUAGAAAGCCUAUUAAAUCAUGUGACGAUGAUGACACGAAUCCAUGUGAGGAUCGUAAGCGGAAAGGAUCACUUAGAAACAAAAAGUCCACAUCCAGUGCUUUGAGAAAGGAGGAUGCAAGCUCAGAUGGUUCAAGUUCAGAGACAUCUGUUGUGCACAGAAAGAGGAUUAAAUCUGAGGAAGAUGAGGACCAGAAUGAUGCUGAGGAAAGGUCACUCCGAAACAGAAAGUGUGUGACUUACACUCAGAGAAAAAAGCGAGGUGCCAGCUCAGAUGUUGUCAGCUCAGAUGAUUCCAGUUCAGAGAAAUCUGUUGCACAAAAGAAGAGAUUCAAAUCUGAUGAUGAUGAGAGUCAAGAUGAUGAUGAGGAAAUGAGGUCAAACAAAAAGUGGGCGUCUAGUGCUCCGAAGAAGCAGCCGGAUGCAAGCUCAGAUGUUUGUAGUUCAGGAAGCGAAGAGAAGGUGGUUCAUAAAAGAUCCAGGAAAAAGGAAAGCAGUUCCUCUAAUGAAUGGCAACAGAGUGAUGAAUCCGAGGAGGAUAAGAAAACACACACAAGGAGGAGGUCAUGCCCUAAAGCUGCUUCUAAAAGAAUUUCUCUCAGGGUUGUUCCCAAGAAAAACUACGUUAUGGAGGACUCGGAUGAAGAUUUCAAUUCUGAGGUGGAGAUGCAGUCAAAGUGUGGAAGGAACAAGAACUAUCGUGCAAGAAAGCCACAAGGGGACUCCAAAAGAAAACGGGCCUUCACCACAGAUUCUGAGCAGAGCAGUGAUGAGUGCAUGGAACCUGAAAGAAAGAGCGUGAAACCCUCCAAGCGCUUAAAGAAGGGCUCUAAUGCUUCUGAAAGCGGCUCUGAAACUGUGCGUACAACGGAAAACGGACGGUUACGCGGCAAACAGGAGCAACGAUCAGAGGAGGACUCUCCCAAAACAACGCGCCAACGUCAGGUGCGCCACAACGCUAAACAGAGGGAAAGAGAGAGCUACAGUAGUCACGAUGAUGAAAGCAGCUCUGAGAGCGACGGGGAAUCCGAGUCCGAUAGCAGCUCGGAUUCACAAAGCGGUCCAAAGAGGAGGCUUAGAGGUCGAGAAAGCACACGCUUACGGAGAAGUCGGCGAGACGUUUCCGAUGAGGAGAGCGACGCGUCGUAUGGAAAACCUCAACGGGCUACGCGCAUCCGGACCAGAAACAGAGGCAAACGGACCGUCAAUUACCAAGACAGCGAAUGAAGGACCUUGCCCAUGCAAGAGACACUAAGAGACCUUGAAGACACUUGAUUGUGCCCAAAUAUAACUGGUAGUAGCACUGGAGUCCUCAAUAUACUGUGAAUCAGUUUCAUUCAGGGAUAUUUAUAUUUUCUAUGAAAAAGCAACAGAAAAAUGAUUUAUAAGAUGUAUUGAUCCGCUGGUUCAGACCAGUCCCACUUUGUGAUUCGGCCAACAGAAAAGACUGCGUAGAGGAGCGUUGUCUGCUUGGGUGCUAUCCUAAUAUACCUCCCGGUUUAAUUGAGCAUAUUUUGCUGGCUUGCACUAAAAGGCACACUGUAAUGAGCUAUUUUAUACACUAGUUCUGCAUUAGAAACUCAGGGGUCAGCGGUGUUUACCAUUUUCUAAGACUGUGUUUUUUUUUGUCUCGAAGUUGUAGGAUUCAGUGAGCAUUUAAGUCUAACACACUUUACUAAAACUCUUGGACCGUUGGACACAUUUUGUAUUGUCACUGAGGGAUUGUUGAGCCAAAAUGUACAAAAUCUCUUCCUUUUGCCAUCUUUAUUGUCUCUAUUGGUUUUGGUUGUACGUUUUUCUUUUCCUUGACAUGUUUCCAGAGGUUUCAGAAAAUCAGUUUGUAGCAAACCAUUGUAUAUUUAAACUUUUCUCGGUUAAGCAUUACUUUCUGUUUUUUUUAUACUAUUGAAAUGCAUUGCAAUGCCAUGUACUAUGAAUUGGUACCUAUUUGCUAAGUACAGUAAAUCAGUUUCGUACUUGCAGCAAAGUACUGUGAUUUCUCAUAUUGGGAAGAUGUUUUGGUGAUCUGUGUUGCAAACUUUCAGUAUUAAUUCCUUAUCAAAUGUAACUUAUGGACAGCAAUGAACUUUUGUACCUGGACUUUGAAUUGUGCAUCGCAAUGUAUGUAAUGCAGUUGUCACUUGGCAUUUUUGCUUAAUGUCUUUUCAUAAGAGCUUAUUCUUUAAUGCAGGUUUCAAAGAGGAUGUUAAGCUUGUUGGCCACUGAAGUGGGAGAGAAGUGACUUUCUAUGAAUAAAAAAAUACAGUUUCAGGUUGGAA